GCCAUCUUUCAUUCGAUCUAUCUUUUUCCGGCGAUCUUCCCGCUGCAGAGGCCGCCAAUUUCGAUGUGAUCCAUACAUGUUUCAUUAGCACAUUAUCACCAGUGAUGGUGUUUACAUUUGGACGGAUACCGCAGUCGAUAUUGUCAGCGGGGCAACAGACGAUCCGUUCCAUUUCCUAAUCUCGCAUCCCCGCAGCAACCCUUACACGAUAUAAGUCAGGACUGCUCGCAUCGACGUAUCUCUCUAUGCGACAUCUAAAUCAAUAUAAAUCAUGCCUCCAGUGCCCGGACAACUCGAGCGCCAUCGCGUCAUUUGUUACCAUCAGACCCUGUGUCCGAACCGAGGCGACUAUGUCUCUGUGCUGCCUCUAGUGGAGAACAACACCGGCAUUACCCACGUCAUCAUCGCAGCUUUUCAUCUGAACGAGGACCCGGGCCAUAUCACGCUCAACGAUGAUCCACCUGACCAUGAGAUGUAUAACCCGCUGUGGGCGGAGGUGCCCAUGCUGAAACGCAGCGGUGUCAAGGUGAUGGGAAUGCUCGGCGGGGCAGCGCAGGGGUCCUAUACGUGUCUGGAUGGCGACCAGGAGAAGUUCGAGCGGUACUACCAACCUCUUCUAGCGAUGGUUCGGCGGCAUCAGCUAGACGGGCUGGAUCUGGAUGUAGAAGAGGAAAUGUCUCUGUCCGGCAUCAUGCGGCUGAUCGACCGAUUGAAGCUGGACUUGGGCGAUGACUUUAUCAUCACCCUAGCGCCUGUCGCGGCGGCUCUCUUGGGAAUUGGUAACCUUUCUGGGUUCGAUUAUCGGCAGCUCGAGCAGCAACGAGGGUCCAAGAUCAGUUGGUACAAUGCGCAGUUCUACAAUGGCUGGGGCCUGGCCGAGGACCCUCGGAUGUAUGCGGCCAUUGUUGCGCAAGGAUGGUCACCACAACGCGUUGUCUACGGGCUGCUGACGAACCCAGGAAACGGGUCGCAAGGCUACGUCCCGCGAGAGAAGAUCGGGCCCAUUCUCGCAGUGUUGGUUGAGCAAUUUCCGAACUUUGGCGGUGUCAUGGGCUGGGAAUACUUCAAUUCCAUGCCUGGAGAGCAACAGAACCCAUGGCAAUGGGCAGCAGAGAUGUCGCUUAGUAUGCACAUGAAAGAUGUGCUAGCUGCUGCUCGGCAGAUGCUUACUGCGGGACCUAUGGCCAACAGUUUGAUGAAUGUGCUUGGAGAUAUGAUGCAUCAACAAUAGAAUAAUAUUGAAACAUAGA